UGUCGAUCCGCUUCGCAGAGCCCAGGAAAACAAUACAACACUAUUUUCUCAGCAGUGGCUGAACUGUUUGUUCUGAAACUUUAGGGUUUCAUAAACGAGGUAAUGACGCAGAUACACACAAAAACGCAGCGUUAAUUGGAGCUUCCGGUCUAUGUCACCUUUAAUCAACUUGGUUCAAACUUCAUCAGUUGGGGACAGUCCCACCACUCUGAAGUGUAAACACUGUCUCAUUUGAAGUGUGUAGGUCUGAUGUUCUCAGUGCAGGAAGUAGACAAGUCAAGGUGGCUCAACUGUCAUGUGAAAAGACCCCAUGGUGAUUAAAAGGUCCUCAGAUGGAAAUAGCAUUCCUGAGUAAAUCACAAUGGAUAUGAAAAUGUAAAGUGUCUGUAUUGUGGUGGGAUAUCUUGGAUAUAAGGGACAGAGCUCCCAUUCACUGUUGAGUUGGACUGCUUAACAGAAGCUCCCACACAUCAACUGUGUGUCAUACAACUUACUGGCUGUAUUUUUCUACCACUGGACAUUUCAAUAAACUGGCGAUCAUGUUUCCAUGGAAACGAGCCACACCAUCAUGUGACGCAGUUUCCUGCUCCUCCACAGUGAUCGGUCGGUGGCGGGAGAUUCCAGCAUGGCGGUGCAGCCGAAGCAAAACCUUUCCAUGGACAGUGCAGCCGAGAGUGGCUUCUUAAACUUCAUCUUCUCCAUGCCGGAGAAACCAGACACCACUUUCAGAGUAUUCGACCGCAACGACUACUACACUGUCCACGGCAAAGACGCCACAUUUGCGGCGAAGGAAGUGUUCAAGACUAAUGCCGUCAUCAAACAGUUGGGCUCAGGGAGUCGCAAGCUGGAGAGUGUCAUCCUGAGCAAGCUGAACUUUGAGGCCUUUGUCAAAGACUUGCUGCUGGUGAGGCAGUACAGGGUUGAGGUGUACAGGAACCACGGCAAGAGUAGCAAGGAUCAUGAUUGGAGGAUUGAGUUCAAGGCCUCCCCAGGAAACCUAACUCAGUUUGAGGAGAUUCUGUUUGGUGGGGGAACUGGAGCAGAGAGCUGUGCAGGAGUCGUCGCUGUGCGUGCCACUACAGCAGGUGACGGACAGCGCGUGGUCGGUGUCGGCUACGUCGACGCAGCACAGAGGUCGAUGGGAGUGUGCGAGUUUCCAGACAAUGAGAUCUUCUCCAACCUGGAGUCCCUGCUCGUCCAACUCGGCCCCAAAGAGUGUCUCUUGGCUCAGGGUGAAGGCAGCGCUGACAGUAAACUACGACAGGUGGUGGAGCGCGGCGGCCUGCUGGUCUCUGACAGGAAGAGGGCAGAGUUCAGUAGCAAGGACAUGGUGCAGGAUCUCAACCGGCUAUUGAGAUCCAAGAGAGGAGAGACUGCUGCCAGCAACACGCUACCAGAGCUGGACAAACAGGUGGCUAUGUCAUGCUUGGCCGCUGUCGUGCGCUUCCUCGAACUGCUCUCUGACGAGUCCAACUUCAACUCCUUCAGCCUGACGACGCUGGACCUGGGUCAGUACAUGAGGCUGGACAACGCCGCAGUGAGGGCUCUUAACCUCUUCCAGGCUUCUCCUGAUGAGAGCAGCAGAGCACAUUCAUUGGCUGGUCUGUUGAACAAGUGCCGUACACCCCAGGGUCAGCGGCUGGUCAACCAGUGGAUCAAACAACCCCUCAUGGACAAACCCAAAAUAGAGGAGAGGCUGGACCUUGUCGAGAGCUUCGUGUGUGACUCGGAGCUCAGGCACACCUGUCAGGAGGACCUGCUGCGGCGGUUUCCCGAUCUUCACCGCCUGGCCAAGAAGUUCCACCGUCACAGUGCAACACUGCAGGACUGUUACCGCGUCUACCAGGCCGUGAACCAGAUCCCUGCCCUCAUCACGGCUUUAGAGAGCUACUCGGGCAGCUACCAGGUUCUGUUGGAGGCAGCGUUCAUUUCCCCUCUCAGAGACCUGCAGGCUGAUUUCACCAAGUACCAGGAAAUGAUUGAAACCACUCUGGACAUGAACCAGAUUGACCACCACGAGUACCUGGUGAAGGCUUCGUUUGACGCCGUGCUGAGUGAGCUGAGAGAAAAGAUGGAUGAGCUGGACAAGAGCAUGCAGACGGUGCUGAACAGUGCAGCCAGAGAGCUAGGUCUAGAUGCUGGUAAAACGGUGAAGUUGGAGUCGAACGCCAUGCUGGGUUUUUAUCUGAGAGUCACCUGCAAGGCAGAGAAAGGUCUGAGGAACAACAAGAAAUUCACCAUGCUGGACGUUCAGAAGAACGGAGUGCGUUUCACAAACAGUAAACUGAGUUCACUGAACGAGGAGUACAUCAAGAGCAGGGAGGAGUAUGAGGAGGCCCAGAACGCGAUCGUUAAAGAGAUCAUCACCAUUGCCUCAGGUUACGUGGACCCCCUCCAGUCGCUGAGCGGUGUGAUAGCGCACCUGGACGCGGUGGCGAGUUUUGCCGUCACGUCCGUCUCGGCUCCUGUGCCGUACGUCCGGCCUCGCCUCUUGAAUGACGGCUGCAGGCGCGUGGAGCUGCUGCAGGCCAGACAUCCCUGCAUGGAGAAUGACCCAGACACCAGCUUCAUACCCAACGACAUCAGCUUCACCCAGGGAGAGAAGAACUUCUAUAUCAUAACGGGACCAAAUAUGGGCGGCAAGUCGACAUUUAUCCGGCAGGUGGGUGUGAUCGCGCUGAUGGCACAGAUUGGCUGCUUUGUGCCGUGCGAGAAGGCGGAGCUUAGUGUGUUUGAUAGCAUCCUGGCCAGGGUGGGAGCCGGGGACAGUCAGUUGAAAGGCGUGUCCACCUUCAUGUCAGAGAUGUUGGAAAUCGCCGCCAUUCUACGCUCGGCCACAGAGACGUCGCUGAUCAUAAUCGACGAGCUUGGCAGAGGCACAUCCACGUACGAUGGCUUCGGUCUGGCUUGGGCCAUCAGUGAACACAUCGCCUCCAAGAUCAGCUGCUUCUGCCUUUUUGCCACGCACUUCCACGAGCUGACUGCACUGACAGCACAAGAAUCCACGGUCCACAACCUGCACGUCACGGCCCUGACCUCCCAUGACACGCUGACCAUGCUGUACAGAGUCAAAGCAGGAGUGUGUGACCAGAGUUUUGGUAUUCACGUUGCCGAAUUGGCUUCUUUCCCACCAUGGGUGGUUGCCGCGGCAAAGGAGAAGGCAGAGGAACUGGAGGAGUUCCAGGAACCGGCAGGGGAGAAGUCGUCGCAGGAGGAAGAGCCUGAAGCCAAGAGACGGCGAACUGACAAACAAGUGGGAGAAGACCUGAUCCAGGACUUCCUGGACAAAGCCAAGUCACUUCCUGCUGCGAGUAUGACUGAGGAGGAGGUGAAGGCAGAGCUCAGGAGAAUGAAGCAGGAGCUCGUCGCCAAAAACAACACGUACAUCUCAGACAUCAUUGCUCGCUGUCGCCCUUUAAAUUCAGCCUGAUUUUGUUUCAUUCACAUUUACUCCAUAUACUGUAGAGCGCUUACUUUGUAUAGUUUUUCAAUAAACUGUGACGACUUUUCUUUGAAAACCA